AGUGUGUGGGCGGCGGCGGUUGCAGAUUUUGCAACGUGCGGGGCGAGUUUGCGGGGCCACGCGAGGGGGGGCGGCUGUAGGGCACGGGGGCACGUCCACGUGGCUACGGGUGGACACCCUGAGUCAGCCGCGGUGGAGGGACAGGCCUGUCCCUCGCGUUACAGCUGCUGGUCAUGCACACUGUCUGCCUUCUCCCAUUGCUAUUCUUCACCAUAGGAGGGUGCCUGGGUAGCAGCAGGCCGUUUCGUACCUUUGUGGUGACAGAUACCACACUGACUCACCUGGCUGUGCACCGAGUGACUGGGGAGGUGUUUGUAGGUGCCGUGAACCGAGUUUUCAAGCUGGCUUCAAAUCUAACUGAGCUACGGGCCCAUGUCACAGGGCCCAUUGAGGACAAUGCUCGCUGCUACCCACCCCCUAGCAUGCGUGUGUGCUCCCACCGCCUGGUGCCUGUGGACAAUGUGAACAAGCUGCUCCUCAUAGACUAUGCAGCCCGUCGCUUGGUAGCUUGUGGCAGCAUCUGGCAGGGCAUUUGCCAGUUCCUGCGUCUGGAUGACCUCUUCAAGUUGGGUGAGCCCCACCAUCGCAAGGAACACUAUCUGUCAGGGGCCCAGGAGCCUGAUUCCAUGGCUGGCGUCAUUGUUGAACAGGGCCAGGGGCCUAGCAAGCUGUUUGUGGGCACCGCUGUUGAUGGCAAGUCUGAGUACUUUCCCACCUUGAGUUCCCGUAAGCUCAUCGACGAUGAGGACAGUGGAGAUAUGUUCAGUCUGGUGUACCAGGAUGAGUUUGUCUCUUCUCAGAUCAAGAUCCCUUCAGACACACUGUCCUUGUACCCUGCCUUUGACAUCUACUACAUAUAUGGCUUUGUCAGUGCCUCCUUCGUGUACUUCUUAACAUUGCAGCUGGAUACCCAGCAGACACUGCUGGAUACAGCAGGCGAGAAAUUCUUCACAUCUAAGAUUGUGCGCAUGUGUGCCGGGGACUCAGAGUUCUACUCUUACGUAGAGUUCCCUAUUGGCUGCUCCUGGCGUGGUGUGGAGUACCGCUUGGUGCAGAGUGCCCAUCUGGCCAAGCCAGGCCUGCUACUGGCCCAGGCUCUGGGUGUGCCAGCCGACGAGGAUGUGCUCUUCACCAUCUUCUCUCAAGGCCAGAAGAAUCGAGCCAACCCACCUCGGCAGACCAUCCUUUGCCUCUUCACCCUCAGCAGCAUUAAUGCCCACAUUCGGCGCCGAAUCCAAUCGUGCUACCGUGGGGAGGGCACGCUGGCCUUGCCCUGGCUGCUGAAUAAGGAGCUGCCCUGCAUCAACACCCCCAUGCAGAUCAAUGGAAACUUCUGUGGGUUAGUGUUGAAUCAACCAUUGGGUGGCCUACACGUGAUUGAGGGGCUACCCUUGCUGGCUGACAGCACUGAUGGCAUGGCCAGUGUGGCUGCCUACACCUACCACCAGCACUCUGUGGUUUUCAUCGGUACACGCAGCGGUAAUUUGAAGAAGGUGCGAGUUGAUGGCUCUCAGGAUGCCCAACUAUAUGAAACGGUCUCUGUGGUGCAGGGCACCCCCAUACUUCGAGACCUGCUCUUCAGCCCUGACCACCGACACAUCUACCUCCUGAGUGAGAAGCAGGUGAGCCAACUCCCGGUGGAGACCUGUGAGCAGUAUCUGAGCUGUGCUGCAUGCCUGGGCUCAGGGGACCCACACUGUGGUUGGUGUGUGCUACAGCACAGGUGCUGCCGUGAAGGGGCCUGUCCAGGUGCCUCUGCCCCACACGGCUUUGCAGAAGAGCUGAACAAAUGUAUACAAGUGCGGGUUCGGCCUAAUAAUGUAUCAGUGACAUCCUCUGGGGUGCAGCUGACAGUAGCCAUGCGCAAUGUGCCAGACCUCAGUUUGGGUGUGAGCUGUUCCUUUGAGGAAGUGACUGAAAGUGAGGCUAUUCUGCUGCCCUCUGGAGAGCUACGAUGCCCUUCACCAUCUCUUCAGGAGCUCCAGACACUUACCAGAGGGCAUGGGGCAACUCAUACUGUGCGGCUUCAGCUGCUCUCCAUGGAGACUGGUGUGAGGUUUGCUGGGGUUGACUUUGUCUUCUACAACUGCAGUGCCCUCCAGUCGUGUAUGUCCUGUGUUGGCAGCCCUUACCCCUGCCACUGGUGUAAGUACCGUCAUGUGUGCACCAGCCACCCACACGAGUGUUCCUUCCAGGAGGGCAGGGUCCACAGCCCUGAGGGCUGCCCAGAGAUCCUGCCUCGAGGGGACCUCUUGAUUCCUGUGGGUGUCAUGCAGCCUCUAACUCUGCGGGCUAAGAACCUGCCACAGCCUCAGUCAGGGCAGAAGAAUUAUGAAUGUGUGGUCCGUGUACAGGGGCGGCAACAUCGGGUACCUGCAGUGCGCUUUAAUAGCAGCAGCGUGCAGUGCCAGAAUGCCUCGUACUUCUAUGAAGGUGAUGAGUUUGGUGACACUGAACUGGACUUCUCUGUGGUCUGGGAUGGAGAUUUCCCCAUUGAUAAGCCUCCUAGCUUCCGAGCCCUUCUUUACAAGUGCUGGGCUCAGCGGCCUAGCUGUGGCCUCUGCCUCAAGGCUGAUCCCCGAUUCAACUGUGGCUGGUGCAUCUCGGAGCACAGGUGCCAGCUUCGGGUUCACUGCCCAGCUCCCAAAAGUAACUGGAUGCACCCAAGCCAGAAGGGGGCCCGAUGCAGCCAUCCCCGAAUCACCCAGAUUCACCCACUAACAGGACCCAAGGAGGGGGGCACCCGGGUCACCAUUGUGGGUGAGAACCUGGGCCUCACUUCCCGUGAGGUUGGCCUUCGAGUAGCUGGUGUACGUUGUAACUCCAUUCCCACCGAAUAUGUCAGUGCUGAAAGGAUCGUAUGUGAGAUGGAGGAAUCGUUGGUGCCCAGCCCACCACCUGGGCCUGCUGAGCUCUGUGUAGGUGAUUGUUCUGCUGACUUCCGCACACAGUCCCAGCAACUCUACAGCUUUGUGACCCCAACACUUGACCGUGUAAGUCCUACUCGGGGCCCAGCUUCUGGGGGAACUCGGCUCACCAUCUCUGGAACUUCUCUGGAUGCUGGUAGCAGGGUCACAGUUAUUAUAAGAGAUGGAGAGUGCCAGUUUGUGAGGAGAGAUGCUGAGGCAAUCGUGUGUAUCUCACCUAUCUCCACUCUGGGCCCCAGUCAGGCCCCUAUCAUCCUUGCCAUCGACCAUGCCAACAUCUCCAGCACUGGAGUCAUCUAUACCUACACUCAGGACCCUACUGUCACACACCUUGAGCCCACCUGGAGCAUCAUCAAUGGAAGCACCUCCAUCACUGUGAGUGGAACCCAUCUGCUGACAGUGCAAGAACCCCGUGUACGAGCCAAGUACCGUGGUAUUGAGACCACUAAUACAUGCCAGGUGAUCAACGACACUGCAAUGCUAUGUAAGGCCCCUGGCAUCUUCCUUGGGCAUCCUCAGCCUCGGGCCCAAGGCGAGCACCCUGAUGAGUUUGGCUUCUUGCUGGACCACGUGCAGGCAGCCCGCUCCCUCAACCGUUCUUCCUUCACCUACUACCCUGAUCCCAGCUUUGAACCACUUGGGCCCUCUGGUGUGCUAGAUGUCAAACCUGGUUCGCAUGUUGUAUUGAAGGGCAAGAACCUGAUCCCUGCUGCAGCUGGCAGCUCCCGCCUCAACUACACAGUGUUGAUUGGAGGACAACCAUGUGCACUAACUGUCUCAGAUACUCAACUUCUGUGUGAUUCCCCUAGCCAGACAGGCCGGCAACCUGUUAUGGUGCUGGUGGGUGGCCUGGAGUUCUGGUUGGGCACCCUGCACAUCACUGCUGAUCGGGCACUGACCUUACCGGCUAUGGUGGGGCUGGCAGCAGGAGGAGGGCUCUUGCUGCUGGCCAUCACUGUUGUACUGGUUGCCUACAAGCGAAAGACUCAGGAUGCAGACCGCACACUUAAGCGACUUCAGCUACAGAUGGACAACCUGGAGUCUCGUGUGGCCUUGGAGUGCAAGGAAGCUUUUGCUGAGUUACAGACAGAUAUCAACGAACUGACAAACCACAUGGAUGGUGUGCAGAUCCCCUUCUUGGACUACCGGACCUAUGCUGUGCGCGUACUUUUCCCUGGCAUUGAGGCUCACCCAGUGCUCAAGGAGCUGGAUACUCCCCCCAAUGUGGAGAAAGCCCUGCGCCUAUUUGGACAGUUGCUGCACAGCCGUGCCUUCCUGCUCACCUUCAUCCACACUUUGGAGGCCCAGAGCAGUUUCUCCAUGCGUGACCGUGGUACUGUGGCCUCACUCACCAUGGUGGCCCUGCAGAGUCGGCUUGACUAUGCCACUGGGCUGCUCAAGCAACUGCUGGCUGACCUCAUAGAGAAAAACCUUGAGAGCAAGAACCACCCAAAGCUGCUAUUGCGCAGGACAGAGUCAGUGGCUGAGAAGAUGCUCACCAACUGGUUCACAUUCCUGCUGCAUAAGUUCCUGAAGGAGUGCGCCGGGGAGCCACUCUUCCUGCUGUACUGCGCCAUCAAGCAGCAGAUGGAGAAAGGUCCCAUCGAUGCCAUAACAGGCGAGGCCCGCUACUCCUUAAGUGAGGACAAGCUCAUCCGUCAGCAGAUCGACUAUAAGACCCUGACUCUGCAUUGUGUGUGCCCGGAGAGUGAGGGCAGUGCCCAGGUCCCGGUGAAGGUUCUUAACUGUGAUAGCAUCACCCAGGCCAAAGACAAGCUGUUGGAUACCGUGUACAAGGGUAUUCCAUACUCUCAGCGCCCCAAAGCUGAGGACAUGGACUUGGAAUGGCGCCAGGGCCGUAUGGCCCGAAUCAUCCUCCAAGAUGAGGAUAUCACUACAAAGAUUGAGUGUGAUUGGAAGAGGAUCAACUCACUGGCUCACUACCAGGUGACUGAUGGUUCCUUAGUAGCACUGGUGCCCAAACAAGUGUCUGCCUAUAACAUGGCCAACUCAUUCACCUUCACCCGUUCACUUAGUCGCUAUGAGAGUUUGCUCCGUGCUGCCAGCAGCCCAGAUAGCCUCCGUUCCCGAGCACCUAUGCUCACACCUGACCAGGAGGCGGGCACCAAGCUGUGGCAUCUGGUGAAGAACCACGACCAUGCUGAUCACCGAGAGGGAGACCGUGGCAGCAAGAUGGUCUCAGAAAUAUAUCUGACAAGGCUGCUGGCCACCAAGGGCACGUUGCAGAAGUUUGUGGAUGACUUGUUUGAAACUGUGUUCAGUACAGCCCACCGGGGCUCAGCCUUACCCUUGGCCAUCAAGUACAUGUUUGACUUCCUGGAUGAACAGGCUGACCAGCGCCAGAUCAGUGACCCUGAUGUGCGCCACACCUGGAAAAGCAACUGCUUGCCUCUGCGUUUCUGGGUGAAUGUGAUCAAGAACCCACAAUUCGUGUUUGACAUCCACAAGAAUAGCAUCACAGAUGCCUGCCUCUCUGUGGUAGCCCAGACCUUCAUGGACUCCUGUUCCACAUCAGAGCACCGCCUGGGCAAGGACUCACCUUCCAACAAGCUGCUCUAUGCCAAGGAUAUUCCCAAUUACAAGAGCUGGGUGGAGAGGUACUACCGAGAUAUUGCAAAGAUGGCAUCCAUCAGUGACCAGGACAUGGACGCCUACUUAGUGGAGCAGUCCCGCCUCCAUGCCAAUGACUUCAAUGUCCUAAGUGCACUCAGUGAGCUCUACUUCUAUGUCACCAAGUACCGUCAGGAGAUCCUCACCUCGCUGGACCGAGAUGCCUCUUGUCGGAAGCAUAAGCUUCGACAGAAGCUGGAGCAGAUCAUCACCUUGGUGUCCAGCAGCAGCUGAGUGGGGAGAUGGUGAGGAGGGGGCUUCUCACUUCUGAGCCAUCCUCCCAGUCGGGGGAGUGUCUGGCUCUAGCCUGGGUUUCCAGGGCUGAGACCCAGAUCUGGUGUUGUUGGGGAGGUUACCAAGCCAAGAUGCCCAUCGCACCUGGGCCCCCUUCAUUAGUGCCUUGCUUUGGGCCCUGCAGGGGGAGGGGAUGACAGGACCAAGCUUCCCCCACCAGCAGCAGCAAUAUCCCCACCCUCUUGCCCUGGUGUUCCCAUGUCAGAAGAGCCCUUGACCACCUUGCUCUGACAUCCUACCCACCUAUUUAUUAAUGUAAUUCUACCUUAAUUUCCAUAUGUAAAUAUAUAUGCCCCAUGGGAUGUUACUAGCCUCACAGACCUCUUCCUUGGUUGAUCUGGGUCUUGUUUCCUGUUCUGGUUACUUUGUGAUAUUGCAAGCCUUGGCUCAGCCUCUGGUAUCUCAGCUUUGCUGUGUCAGGCCCCACUUGUCUAAAAAGAGAUCCUCAGUACCAGCAGCAUUCAGGGUUUGAUGAUGCAUCUGAAGCUGCCCUCAGAUUGUCCAGGUCAGGCCAGGCCAAUGUCCCUUUUCAGAUAUCUCAGAAGUCAGACCACAUUUUCAUGGGGCCUGCCGUCUCUGAGAGAACUAUAGCCAGGCUGUGAUUGGGCCUGAUGUGGGCCUGGGCCUCUGGGACAUUCCUUGUGUCCCUACUGCCAAAUUUCCUUAGUGUUGUAGGCACUUGCCCUGAAACCUCUCAGCCUCAGCUGCCCCAUCAUAUGCCCGUCCGUAAGGGCCAAGGUGGCAGUGCCUUACUGUUUUGUGUCUCCUGCUUCCUCUGAGGAAUCUGGCCCUGUCUGAUAGUCCCAGACCCUCAGUUCACUCUUCUUUUGUUGCAUGAGUUUUUCUUUGUUGUAAUUUUUUCCUAAUUAAAUGUCGGGAAAUGGGGUCAAUGCAUGUCUUUGUCUUUGGAGAAAGUGGGUAGGCCUGUUGGGCUAUGGAUGAACUAGAUUCCCAUUAUGGGAAAAAAUGUAACUCGAUAGGACUUGUAAUGAUUUGAGGAAGGCCAUGACCAUGUACAAUCCAUUAGGCAACCCCUGUGGCUAUAGCUUCAAGACUGAAUAAAUCUACUUCCUUCUUGCAUCUACUGUUUCCACUCAGAUAUGCCCAUCUCCCUGCUUCUGCCCUGCCUAUUUAGACCAUUAUUACUGGAGACAAAGAUAUAUUGUUAAGAAAUAAAGCACAUGUCUCCAUUGUGUUAAAAAAUCUUUUUUUUUUUUGGAGCUGAGGACUGAACCCAGGGCCUUGCCCUUGCUAGGCAAGUGCUCUACCACUGAGCUAAAUCCCCAACCCCUAAAAAAAUCUUUAAUGGGGGCUGCAGAGAUGGCUUAGAGUUUAAGAGCACCCCUUAUUCUUCCACAGGACCCAGGUCAAUUUCUAGCAUCCACAUAGUAUCUUAUAAUCAUUUGUGACUUCAGUUCCAGGAAAUCUGAUGUCCUGGCUUCCUUAGACACCAGGCAUGGACAUGGCACACAGACAUAUAUGCAAACCUAUACACAUAAAAUAAAAUGAAACUAAUUUUAAAAA